UACCCGGAUGUGGUCUCCGCGCGCGCAUGCUCAGUGUCCUUCCGACAAGUUGGCAGCAACAACACGGCCCUGGUCGUCGUCGCCGCUGCGGUAACGGAGCGGCUCGGGUGGCGGAGCCCGUGUUUGCGCCCGCCCGGCGUCCUCGGGAGGCCCUUCCCGCGUCGCGCUCGGCUCCGCGGCCGUCCCCGGGGCGGGAGCGCGUGACGGGAGCCGGCGCCCGCGAGCGAGGCCCCCCGUGGCGGGGCGGCUCCGGAGCUCCAGCGGCCCGGCCCGCGCGGUCCGCGGCGCGGAGCGGAGCGGCGCGGCGGGGAGAGGGGCCGCCUGGGCCGGACGCCGCGGGCGGGACCCGGGAAGCGACGGCGCGGCGCGGAGCCCAGAUUGCCCUGUUCACCAGAUGUCCGACAGCUCUGCUUGCAACAUUGGCCAUUGGUUUUCACUGCCUUCACAAGAUCAGAAUUACUCCCAGAAGUUGGAGAGUUUGA